AGUCCUUCGGAGUGCCAAUACUCGUGUCAUUACAAUGGUCCUCCGUGUUGUCCAUUCUUGGGCGAACCUUUCUGCGAACCAUGUCAAACCUUUGUUCCUUGUCACGUCGAACCUUGUCCAUCCGAAUGUCCCGACCGCUGCUUCUAUCCCAAUGCCGAUUAUUGCUGUCCAAAGAGCGGGAAGCCAAUAUGCUAUCCGUCAAAAGACAGCAGUACCAUUGCCAGUGCAUGA